CCUCGCAGACAGACAGCAGACGGCUUAUCAAUCGACAAGGCGGCAUGUUUAGGUAAUUUUUGAUGAAAGGGAAUUGAAAAAUACCAAAGAAAGAUGACGUCUGGCCUGGCGGUAUUCAGAGUUCUCCGAAAUUUGACCAUCAGCAAUAAUCUGAAAUAUCCUUCAAGUAGAUUGAUCCUUGGAAUUAAUAACAAGGUAUUCAAUCGGUUCUGCAGCACUUCGGAGGCCUCAAGUGAGAAAGAGAUUGAUCCAAAAGACAGAAGUGUUAAGAUCCCAGUUGAGACUAGUAUCCGAUAUCUAAAAAGUAGAGCUUACCACGGAACUUAUGGUAAUGAACCUGUGUGGGUGCCUUAUAGACGAAAUUUGAAAGGGCACCUACCACCCAAAACGACUAGAAGGACUUGCAUUAAGCAAGACAAAAUAGUAACUGGCAACCCUUGUCCCAUUUGUCGAGAUGAAUACCUUGUGCUUCAUGAAACAAAUGUUGAUCUUCUGAAGCAGUUUAUCAGUCCUUUUACAGGAGAGAUUUUACAUUACAAUGUGACAAGCAUUUGCCGUCGUCAGCAUGACACUCUGGUUGUGAGCAUCCUCCGCGCGCGCGACCAGGGUCUGCUGACAUACGACGUUCCUUUCCGGCGGUACAAUUACGACGAUUUCAAACCUAAAACACAGUAAUUACGUCAUUCUCA